CCAGUCCGUCAGGAAGCCGGCUGUGUGACUAUGUUGUGACAGAAAAGAGACUGUGACUUGGUGUGUGAUGGUUACGAUAUUGUACCCACUUUAUCUGGGUAUCCUUGGUGCCCUGCUGCCAGGCUAUCAUGCCAGGGACCGGGGGCUCACGGAGGAGGAAAUGGCCCAAUACAGGGAUCGGGUGAAAUCCAUGUUUUAUCACGCGUACAACAACUACUUGGACCAUGCCUUCCCCUACGAUGAACUGCGCCCCCUCACCUGUGAUGGACAAGAUACCUGGGGAAGUUUCUCCCUGACUCUAAUUGAUGCGUUAGACACGUUACUGAUUAUUGGAAACGUCACCGAGUUCCAGAGAGUAGUAAAUGUCCUGCAGGAUACUUUGGAUUUUGACAUUGAUGUCAAUGCUUCAGUCUUCGAGACCAACAUCCGAGUUGUGGGUGGUCUCUUGUCUGCUCACCUUUUCUCCAAAAGAGCCGGCCUGGAACUGGAACCGGGGUGGCCUUGCACUGGCCCCCUACUUCGCAUGGCAGAAGAGGCUGCUCGCAAACUCCUUCCAGCGUUUGACACAGCCACAGGGAUGCCCUACGGGACAGUCAACCUGCUGAGAGGUGUUAACCCUACAGAGACCCCCGUGACAUGCACAGCCGGCGUCGGAACAUUUAUUGUGGAGUUUGCCACUCUGAGUCGCCUUACAGGAGACCCACAGUUUGAGAUGGUGGCAAGAAGAGCCCUCAGAGGAUUGUGGGAGAGCAGGUCUGAUAUUGGGCUGGUAGGAAACCAUGUAGACGUCAUGACCUCCAAGUGGGUAGCUCAGGAUGCUGGAAUCGGGGCCGGCGUUGAUUCCUACUUUGAAUAUCUGGUGAAAGGGGCGAUCCUGCUGCAGGACGAGGAAUUAAUGUCUAUGUUUCUUGAAUACAACAAGGCCCUCCAGAACUUCACCAAAUACGACGACUGGUAUGUGUGGGUUCAGAUGUAUAAGGGCACGGUCACUAUGCCCGUUUUCCAAUCACUGGAAGCCUUUUGGCCAGGAUUACAGAGUUUAGUGGGAGAUAUCAGAAGUGGAAUGAGAUCAUUCCUCAAUUACUACACAGUAUGGAGGCAGUUUGGUGGGUUACCGGAAUUUUACAGCAUUCCUCAGGGAUUUACCGUGGAGAAAAGAGAGGGCUACCCCCUCCGGCCGGAGCUGAUUGAGAGCGCAAUGUAUCUGUACAAGGCGACCAGAGAUCCAAUUCUGUUAGAGCUGGGAAGAGAUGCCGUGGAGUCCAUUGAAAGGAUAAGCAAAGUGGACUGUGGAUUUGCAACGAUCAAAGACGUUCGAGAUCACAAGCUGGAUAACCGCAUGGAGUCUUUCUUCCUGGCCGAAACCAUCAAGUACCUCUAUUUGCUGUUUGACCCAGACAACUUUAUCCACAAUGAUGGCUCCACCUCUGAUCUGGUGGUGACUCCAUACGGGGAGUGUGUCAUGGGGGCAGGCGGCUACGUCUUCAACACCGAGGCCCACCCUAUAGACCCUGCUGCGCUGCACUGCUGUAAGAGGGACUCUGCUGAGCAGUGGGAAGUGGAAGACCUGGUGAGGGAGUUUUUCUCCAUCAAGAGCAGCAGUAAUCCUAAGGCACAACAACAUAGGCCAGACUCUCAGAACAGAAACAAAAGCAAAAGAACCUCUAAGCUCAGCUGCCCAAGCCAGCCAUUCACUUCGAAACUUUCCAUCCUUGGGCAGGUUUUUCUUGAUUGAUGAUGGCCUUUCCUGCCUGCUGCAUCUGUCCAGGUUUUUACCUUUUUUAAGUUCACUUUCCUCCUCUUCAAAUGUCCUGCCAUGAUUCAGUUCACCCAAUGUGAGUAUGCACUGUGACCCUAGGCACAUACCUCUCCUGCCUUUUUUAAUUCCGCCCUGCAGGUAGAGGAUGGGACUUUUCUAACUGCGUGUAGAGGGUCAGAAGAGAGUGUUUGGUUCAGAAGCCGACCAAAUCCAAAUCCUAAUGCUUUUUAUGACCAAAUUCUUAUGAGUUUACGUAAUGGGGUUAUGUUAUGAGGUUACAUAAUAAAAGGCACUAAGUUAGCCCAGGAGCAGUAACCCAUAGCAACCAAUCAUCAGGAAGCAUUUACUGGUCACCUGUUUAAAAGCAUUCUUAUUGGCUGAUGGGUUACUACUCCUGGGCAGAAUUAUCACCGUUUAUUACAUAUGGGGGUUAUUGUUCAGCUAAACCAAAUAAUAAUCUGUUCUUUAUUUGUCCCAGUCUUUUGUAGGGGAAUUCGGUAUCCGUACAUAUCCACAAAUUAUAGGUUUGCUAUAUCCCUAGAUCCUAGAAAAGGUUACCCCCAGUUCUGAUGCUGCACUUUCCUUAUCCUAACACAAACGGGUGGAUUGUUUUGUUGCUGUCGGCAGUCACGCCGCAGUCCUCCCAUGGAGGGUUGCUAUGAAUAAAGAGUGCACGCCAAA